CCUAUUACAUUGCAUUUGGCUCUCAUGGACCUAGAGAACCAUUUCUGAAGGCAGGUCAUGGCAGUAAAGUUACAAUUGGGCUUGGCAUUAUCAUCUUAAUUUCUUCUGUUUCAUUUUAUCUUUCUAGGGUAGCAGUGCGUGAUAAGCCAUCAACAAUUAAUAAAGAAUGGGAGGAAGCUACAACUGAGAAAUUGAUUAAACAAAAGGCUGAUCCAAUAUCUGGUAUUGCAUCUGAAGGAUACAAAGGAAAAGAGUAUGGUUUUGUUGUACCAAUGUCAAAGGAUAGUUUCAUAAAGGCCAAUUUAUUUGACAAAGAUUCAAAUAAACUUAAUGUACGUGUACCUGAAAGCAUUGUAUGUGCAACUAUUUAUUUAUGGUUUCAAAAGAUAAAGAAUUUUAUCAGCAAUGUUAUCAUUACAAUCAAUGAUUCUCUUGGUUUUGCAGAUAAUGUGUUUUAG